AUGCACAAGCACCAGCACUGCUGUAAGUGCCCCGAGUGCUACGAGGUGACCCGCCUGGCUGCCCUGCGGCGCCUCGAGCCUCCCAGCUACGGGGACUGGCAGGUACCCGACCCCUACGGGCCAGGUGGGGGCAAUGGAGCCAGUGCCGGUUAUGGGGGCUACAGCUCGCAGACCCUGCCCUCGCAGGCGGGGGCCACCCCCACCCCCCGCACCAAGGCCAAGCUCAUCCCCACCGGCCGGGAUGUGGGACCAGUACCCCCUAAGCCAGUCCCGGGCAAGAGCACCCCCAAACUCAACGGCAGCGGCCCCAGCUGGUGGCCAGAGUGCACCUGUACAGGCCGGGAUUGGUAUGAGCAGGUGAAUGGCAGUGAUGGCAUGUUCAAGUAUGAGGAGAUAGUCCUUGAGCGGGGAAAUUCUGGCCUGGGCUUCAGCAUUGCAGGUGGCAUCGACAACCCCCAUGUCCCCGAUGACCCUGGAAUCUUUAUUACCAAGAUUAUCCCUGGUGGAGCAGCUGCCAUGGAUGGGAGGCUGGGGGUGAAUGACUGUGUACUGCGGGUGAAUGAAGUGGACGUGUCGGAGGUGGUGCACAGCCGGGCCGUGGAGGCACUGAAGGAGGCUGGCCCUGUGGUGCGGUUGGUGGUACGGAGGCGACAGCCUCCACCAGAGACCAUCAUGGAGGUCAAUCUGCUCAAAGGGCCCAAAGGCCUCGGUUUCAGCAUUGCUGGGGGGAUUGGCAACCAGCACAUCCCAGGAGACAACAGCAUCUACAUCACCAAGAUCAUUGAGGGGGGUGCUGCUCAGAAGGAUGGACGCCUACAGAUCGGGGAUCGGUUGCUGGCGGUAAACAACACCAAUCUGCAGGAUGUGAGGCAUGAGGAAGCUGUGGCCUCACUGAAGAACACGUCUGAUAUGGUCUACCUGAAGGUGGCCAAGCCAGGCAGCCUCCACCUCAACGACAUGUACGCACCCCCCGACUAUGCCAGCACUUUUACUGCCUUGGCUGACAACCACAUAAGCCAUAACUCCAGCCUGGGUUAUCUCGGGGCUGUGGAGAGCAAGGUCAGCUACCCUGCUCCUCCUCAGGUUCCCCCCGCCCGCUACUCUCCUAUCCCCAGGCACAUGCUGGCUGAAGAGGACUUCACCAGGGAGCCCCGCAAGAUCAUCCUGCACAAGGGCUCCACAGGCUUGGGCUUCAACAUCGUUGGGGGUGAGGAUGGAGAAGGCAUUUUUGUCUCCUUCAUCCUGGCAGGAGGCCCAGCUGACCUAAGUGGGGAGCUGCGCAGGGGAGACCGGAUCUUAUCGGUCAAUGGUGUGAACCUGAGGAAUGCAACUCACGAGCAGGCUGCAGCUGCUCUGAAACGGGCUGGCCAGUCAGUCACCAUUGUGGCCCAGUACAGACCUGAAGAGUACAGUCGCUUUGAAUCGAAGAUACAUGACUUGCGAGAGCAGAUGAUGAACAGCAGCAUGAGCUCUGGGUCUGGGUCCCUGCGAACAAGUGAGAAGAGGUCCUUGUAUGUCAGAGCCUUGUUUGAUUAUGACCGGACUCGGGACAGCUGCCUGCCAAGCCAAGGCCUCAGCUUCUCCUAUGGUGACAUUCUACACGUCAUUAAUGCAUCUGAUGAUGAGUGGUGGCAGGCGAGACUGGUGACCCCACAUGGAGAAAGUGAGCAAAUCGGUGUGAUCCCCAGUAAGAAGAGGGUGGAAAAGAAAGAAAGGGCUCGAUUGAAAACCGUGAAGUUUCAUGCCAGGACGGGGAUGAUUGAAUCUAACAGGUCGAUCAAAACGAAACGUAAAAAGAGUUUCCGCCUCUCUCGAAAGUUUCCAUUUUACAAGAGCAAAGAAAACAUGGCCCAGGAGAGCAGCGGACAGGAACAGGGAGUGACAUCCAACACCAGUGACAGCGAAAGCAGUUCCAAAGGACAGGAGGAUGCUAUUCUGUCAUAUGAGCCAGUGACACGGCAAGAAAUUCACUAUGCAAGGCCUGUCAUCAUCCUGGGCCCCAUGAAGGACAGAGUCAACGAUGACCUAAUUUCGGAGUUUCCACAUAAAUUUGGAUCCUGUGUACCACAUACUACCCGGCCUCGGCGUGAUAAUGAGGUGGAUGGGCAAGACUACCACUUUGUGGUCUCCCGAGAACAGAUGGAGAAGGAUAUUCAGGACAACAAGUUCAUUGAGGCAGGCCAGUUCAACGACAAUCUCUAUGGGACCAGCAUCCAGUCAGUGAGGGCAGUUGCAGAGAGGGGCAAGCACUGCAUAUUAGAUGUUUCUGGCAAUGCUAUCAAGAGGCUGCAGCAGUCGCAACUUUACCCCAUUGCCAUUUUCAUCAAGCCCAAGUCCAUUGAAGCGCUUAUGGAAAUGAACCGAAGGCAGACAUAUGAACAAGCAAAUAAGAUCUAUGACAAAGCCAUGAAACUGGAGCAGGAGUUUGGAGAAUACUUCACAGCCAUUGUACAGGGUGACUCACUGGAAGAGAUUUAUAACAAAAUCAAACAAAUCAUUGAGGACCAGUCUGGGCACUACAUUUGGGUCCCAUCCCCUGAAAAACUCUGA